AUGGGUGAUUUUGCACUAAAACUUGAUCCAAGCGAAAGAAUUACUUAUGUUGGAAAGAAGCUGGGCGAAGAACCCUGUCCGACAACUCUAAAAAUUACAAAUCCCACAUCGGAUCGUCAGGCGUGCAAAGUGAAAUGCACCUCAAACGAAAUGUUCCGAAUCCGUCCUCCUGUAUUUGCGUUGAAACCUGGUGAAGAGACCAUCGUUAAAUUAACUUUCAAUGCGGGAAAAACAAUACCCGACAGUGGGAAGCACUACUUUGCAGUGUACUAUAUAAAAGCGACUGAUGAAAAUAAGGCACCAAGAGCGUGCUGGUCAGACCAUAAAGGAGAUCCAACUGGAACAAAGAGACUCUAUGUAGAUUUUAAAAAGGAAGAUGGCGAUGAAAAGAAGGAAGAGGCUGAAAAGAAGGAGGAGGAGAAAAAGGAAGGUGAAGAGAAAAAGGAAGAGGAGAAAGAGGAGAAAAAGGAGGAGAAGAAAGAAGAUGAGAAGAAAGAGGAUAAGAAGGAGGAAGAGAAGAAGGAAGAUGAAAAGAAAGAGGAAAAAAAGGAGGAUGAAAAGAAAGAGGAAAAAAAGGAAGAGGAAAAGAAAUGA